AUGAAUGUCUUAUCAUGGAGCGCGCUUGCGCUGUGCUUUCUCUCUCUCGUUAUCGUCAAACUUCGGUCGAUAUGGUCCAGAAAACCAACGUCCCGAAAACCAACGCCGCGCACAAGUUGCAGUGACCUGAAACGCAUAGCACCCUACCCAGCUCAGCCCAUCAAAGGACGAGAGAGAUACCGGGUGAUGAUGGACGUGCGCAGGCUGGACGUGCAGAACUGGCUCACCGUCGACAAGAACUAUAUGGACGAGCACCAGAUCCGGAGCCAAUUGCUGCGGGAGGAGAAGCAAAAGGUGCUGCAGUGUCUGCCCGAAUCGUAUGAGGCGUGUCUGGAGGCAUUGGAGGAGGUGGUCGAUUUCCUCUGCCAGCGAUUCUCGGAUAUGUUCGAACGGAAAAGGUCCGGCGACGAAACGACCAUCCACAAUAAGAUGACGGGUGAAACCUUUGUCUAUGGUGGCCAGAAUCGGGACGUGGAUCCGUUGGAAAUCGCCGUGCGAUUGACCAUGGAGGAUCUGAGCAUUCUGAUGAAGAAUGCGGAUGACGAAUAUUACCUAGCGGCCAGCGCGAGUCUGUUCCCGGUAGGAUGGACAGUGCAGGAGCGAAUUGGAUGGACGAUCUCACGACUUCACAACCCAGUUCCGCUGUGGCACCAGCAGGUCGCCAAUUCUGUCAGCAAGUUCCUCGCACGCCUGACUCCAUCCUCUCCUAUGGAACGAUCCAACUACUUCGUUGAAGUCAAGCGCCCCGACGAAGACCUCUUCGAGGUUCUCUACCGGCCGACCACGCUGUCAGAAGACAACCCGAACCCAUUGCCACAGGACAUCGUCAUCCGGCGAGAGCGCCAGACUUUCCGCCGUCUUCCCCGCACGGGGACGAUCGUGUUUGGCGUCAAGACCAUCCUGACGACGCUAGACGAGCUGCCAAUGCAGGAGUUGCAGAAUCUGGCUAAGGAGAUCCGGAGCUGGCCGGAUUACGUGGGAGAGUACAAGGGGGCAGAGGUCUGGGGGGCCAAAGCGCUGGAGUUCUGCGAAUGGAAGAGCCAAUUGCAGCAGCGACAGGAAGCAGAGGCGAUGAAAGAGAAGGAGAAGGAGAAUGAGAAGCUGGAGGUUUGA